AUGGCUAUCUCUUUUCUGAUGUUCGUCAUCAGGAUCUUCUUCAUUGACCUCUUCAACAGUGCCAUUCUUUUUUUCAACUUCCUUCAGUCGUCGUUUUUCUUCUUCGAUUUCUUGAAGCAAAGCGUGCUGUUGACGUAG